GGCUAAUGAGGGGAAAUGUAUUUUUACAGAGGUUCAUAUCAUUUGAGGAUGUUACUAUGGACUUUACCCGGGAGGAGUGGCAGGACCUGGAAGAUGCUCAGAAGACUCUAUACAAGGAUGUGAUGCUGGAGACCUACAGCAACCUGGUGUUUUUGGGAUACUGCAUUGCCAAACCUUCAGUGAUCCUCAAGUUGGAGCAAGGAGGAGAUCCAUGGACAUUAGAAGAAUGUCCCAUCUUGAGCCUCACAGGAGAGAAGCCCUAUGAGUGUAAACAAUGUAAGGAAACGUUUUUCCAGAAUUCAGACCUCACUGUACAUCAGAGAAGUCACAUAGUAGAGAAAUUCUAUGAAAAUAAAGUAUGUGAAAAAAUGUUCUACAAGAAGUCACACUUCACUGUGCAUCAGAAAAGUCACACUAGAGAGAAAUUCUAUGAAUGUGGAGAAUGUGGAAAAUCUUUCAGGUUCAAGUCAGCCUUUAGUAGACAUUGGGUAAUUCAUACAAGAGAGAAAGCCUAUGAAUGUGAACAAUGUAGGAAAAGGUUCUCCAGCAAGUCAUAUCUCACUGAGCAUCAGAGAAGUCACACAGGAGAAAAACCAUAUGCAUGCGAACAAUGUAGGAAAGCAUUCUCCAGCAAGGGGUACCUAACUGUACAUAGAAGAACUCACACAGGAGAGAAGCCCUAUGAAUGUGAACAAUGUAGGAAAAGGUUCUCCCAGAAGUCAUCUCUCACUCAGCAUCAGAGAAUUCACACAGGAGGAAAACGUUAUGAAUGCGAACAUUGUGCGAAAACAUUCUCCAGCAAGGGGUAUCUAACUGUACAUAAGAGAACUCACACAGGAGAGAAGACCUAUGAAUGUGAACCAUGUAGGAAAACAUUCUUCAGCAAGGGGCACUUAACUGUACAUAAUAAAACUCACAUAGGAGAGAAGCCCUAUGAAUGUGAACAAUGUAGGAAAAUGUUCUCCCGGAAGUCACAUCUCAUUGCACAUCAGAGAACUCACACAGGAGAAAAACUCUAUGAAUGUGAACAAUGUGGGAAAGCAUUCUCCAGCAAGUGGUACCUAACUGUACAUAAGAGAACUCACACAGGAAAGAAGCCCUAUGAAUGUGAACAAUGUAGGAAAAUGUUCUCCCGGAAGUCACAUCUCAUUGCACAUCAGAGAACUCACACAGGAGAAAAACUCUAUGAAUGUGAACAAUGUGGGAAAGCAUUCUCCAGCAAGUGGUACCUAACUGUACAUAAGAGAACUCACACAGGAGAGAAGCCCUAUGAAUGUGAACAAUGUAGGAAAAUGUUCCUCCAGAAGUCACAUCUCACUCAGCAUCAGAGAAUUCACACAGGAGAAAAACCAUAUGAAUGCCAACAAUGUGUGAAAACAUUCUCCAGCAAGGGGUACCUCACUGUACAUAAGAGAACUCACACAGGAGAGAAGCCCUAUGAAUGUGAACAAUGUAGGAAAAUGUUCUCCCGGAAGUCACAGCUCAUUGAGCAUCAGAGAACUCACACAGGAGAAAAAUCUUAUGAAUGUGAACAACGUGGGAAAACAUUCUCCAGCAAGGGGUACCUCACUGUACAUAAGAGAACUCACACAGGAGAGAAGCCCUAUGAAUGUGAACAAUGGAGGAAAAGUUUCUCCUGCAAGUCAGUUCUCAGUAGGCAUUGGGGAAUUCACACAGGGGGAAAACCCUAUGAAUGUGAACAAUGUGGGAAAACAUUCUACAGGAAGGGUCACAGCAUCAUUUUUCAUAGUAGAACGAAUACAGAAGAGAAACCCUAUAAAUGUUAACAUUGUAGGAAAAUACUCUCCUUUAAGUCUGCACUCACUGUACAUCAGAGACUCAACACAGGAGAGAAACUCUAUGAUUGUGAACAAUGUAAUGCAACCUUUUCCCAAAAGUCACAUCUUACUAGCACUCACAAAGAAGAGAAACUCUGUAUGUGUGGAAAUUGUAGUAAAACCUUACUGAACAAGUCACAACUUACUGUGUAUCAGAGAUUAUUGAACAAGUCACAACUUACUGUGUAUCAGAGAACUCUCGGAUCAGAAUCAAAUAAAUGUGAAAAAUGA